AUGGCAGAUAACGAUGUGUUUGAAGAUAAUCAAUAUCCUGACAACGACGAGUUCGUACCAUACGUAACAGCUGGUAAUCUCGCACAGAAGAAUGGCGCGAAAGUAACGCUUUGGGGCAAAGUAACCAAAGUUUCGGCGAGCGAAGGGUUCUACGUAAAGACUGUAGAUGACCAAGAAGUUUUAAUAAGGUUAAAAAAGCCUUUAAGUGAGCCGCUUGAAGGGUGGUAUGAAAUCCAUGGAGUUUCCCAGGGGAAGAGCGUACUUUGCGAUGAAUAUGUGCCAUUUCCUGAAGCAAUUUGCAAGAACAUUGAUACCGAAGGACACAAGGGAUUAGCAAGACUGCUGGUAGCUCUCGACGACCCCUGGAACCUCGGCGACGACGGAUCAAAUGCCAUGAAUGGAAUUACAGAAAUGGAAUAA